AUGAUCCGAUUCCAUAUUCGAGCUGCUGGCUUUUCGAUCCGUGCUUAUUCUGCCGAAGCGGCUCACAUCAAAAAGGCAACUCACGUCGUCAUACCACCCGCUGUGAAGCGUGGACCCGUUGACAUGCUACGUGCUUUAUCAGAAACCGUCGGCGUUGACCCCACCGCACCACAUUUCGGUUUCAUUGACGAUCCAGCUAUGAUUCCUAGUACUGCAGCUAAUAAAAAGAACUAUUAUUUGGCCAAGGAAAUGGGAAAACGUGCUGCACGUCAGUUAGCAGAGGAAUGGCCAACCUUGUUUGCGUUCGAUCGUGAUGAACCAUAUUUACCAGCAUUUCGUCCUCAAAAGCCUGCAGAUCCGUUGCAGGUUGCGCCUACCGAAGAGAAUAUACUUUCGAUGAUUGAGAAGCGCAGGGUACAGGAUGCUGUAAUAUUGUACGAGCGAAUGCAAUCGGAAAACGUAGAGAUGGAACUUUUCAAGCUUGUAACUUACUACAAUAGUAAAGAUAUUCCAUUUUCUGAGUGGGAAAUGUGGCAUGGAUUGCGCAUGUUUGGUGAAGAUGAGCCAAAUAAGUGGACAUCGGCUGGGAUUGCUGAGCUCUUAUUCGAGACCUUACCACGUACUGCUGAAACGGUUUCAAUUUUAAUAUCAGGUUUAAUAAAGUUUUCAACUCCUGAAAGUAUAUCACGAGCAAAAGAACUACAUGAAGAAUUUUCGGGCGAUACUUUAUAUCGGGAAGCUUAUGAAGCGCUAAUAUCCGUUUCAAGUUGGAAUGACGCCCAAUUGCUGGUGAAAGAAAUGGUCACAAAAAAACUGAGGCCGUCGCUGGGCACAUGGCAUUCGUUACUUUUAGCAGCAAGUAAAAUUAACAACAUUACGGAUCGACUAGUUGCGUUUGAGAAAGUGUUUGGAGAAAUGGUGUCUCUUAGUUCCGUUCCAUCACUAUAUGCUUUCCAUAUAGUUUUCCAUAGCAUGUCUGAAUCAUUAUUUACUGAUGAAGUGAAAGACGACGGGAAACAGCGCGACGCAUUUCUGCGGAUAGGAGUCUCUUGGAUCUCAGAGGUGUUGUCGGAAUUGGAAAAUCGUCCGUUAAUUGAACCUAAUUUUAUUGGAGAUCACUUAUUUUUCCUUGACGCAAUGGCAAUCAUCUAUCAGUACGUUGUUCUUGAUUACUUUGUUGUGUCCCUUGUCUUUUUUCUUUCAUCAAUUUCCUGUUAUAGUGCUGGAAAUUUGGCGAUAGCUGAACGAAUUGUGAGGGUGUAUGAGAGUUCUGCCAACAAAGUGAAGAUGCCAGCUCUGACAGCUGAAGGAAUGUUGGUACAGCGUACGACUUCAAUGGAACAAGUCGAAAAGAAGUAUAAGGAGCUAGUUCCACGUCUUGUAGGUGUCUCGAGGCAACUGACAUUGGCUCUGACUGAUAAACUUAAGGUAUCACCGCGUUGGACACUGCUUCAGCGGUUGAUUGAAGACGGCAUAUGCGCUCGUCACACGGUUGAUUUUCGUGUAGCGCAAACUUUUAGAGACCUUCUGAUGGGUGUCCAAUAUCAGGCUCUCUCCUUAGAACAUCGUGAAGAAUACGCUAAUGUUAUUAAGAGAUUAGUUGACAUUUGGAUUGAGUUUAGUCGUUUUACUGAUGAGAAGCACAAGCGACUGCAACUGAAAUUAUCACCUAGUGUGAUUUCUGAAUGUGCGCUUUUGCUCAACCGCAUAGGUGACUCUAAGAGAGCUUACCAACUCCUUGAGAUGCUUUUGAAUCCCGAAACAUCUGAAGGAGAAGAGGCGACAGUAUUGGACACAGGUUAUGCUAGACAUAGCGCUAUGUAUGAGCUAUUUGAAGAUGCAUUGCGAGAGCGUGAUCCAUUCAAAGCUGCAGUAUGUCUGGAGAUCAUGAGCAGUAGCAUGACACGAAAUAAAUUGGAGCCCCUAGUGCAGAAAAUACAUGACAGGUAG